AGCGAUUUGGUGCUGAUCAUGGGAAGUGAUACACCUUCACUUACCUAAUAAAAGCUAGAGAGAGAAAGUAUAACCCACCUCGGCAAUCAACGCACUGCCUAUCGAUCGUUUCUCCAAUCGUUUCUCCGUCCAGUGUCCUGACGAAAAGUGCUCGACGUCGCCGGCGAAAUACGACAACGGCGCUCACUUCGGAGGCUUCUCAUCGGCGACCGGCGACACAGGUUAUUGAGUUCGCUCCUUUACUUUUCGCAUUCAUUCCCUCUGUCCCGGCUAGUCAUAGAACAAUUGCAGCUUUACGGCUCCACAAGUGCAAGCUUCAAUAAGAUUUAAUGGAGGAAUCAGUAAAGAGAAGGGAAAGACUGAAAGCAAUGCGUAUGGAAUCGUCACAAGCUGGAAGUUAUAAUGAAGUUGACGAUUCUGCUAUAUCUCAUAACCUAUCCAAUCCGUUAAUUGAAACCUCUGUUACUCCGCCAGUACAGCACGCUGCUCCGAGGUUUGAUUAUUACACAGACCCUAUGGCAGCUUUCUCCAGCGACAAGAGGAGCAAGGUCAGCAAUCAGAUCUCACCACAGCAUAUCAGACCCCCAACCGGACCAAGGAACCCUGAAAUGACUCCCUCUGCAGCUCAUCAAGUCCAAACCAAUUAUUCUCUGGACCAGAGAAUGUACCCAGCGCGAAGCCCUCAUCAUAGAUCUGGUCCUUACAGAAGCCCAAUGGCAACUCCCUCUCCAGCUCAUCAAUCCCAAACCAAUUAUCCUCCUGACCAGAGAAUGUACCAAGCACGAAGCCCUCAUCAUAGCUAUGGUCCUUACAGAAGCCCAAUGGCGACUCCCUCCCCAGCUCAUCAAGCCCAAACCAAUUAUCCUCCUGACCAGAGAAUGUACCAAGCACGAAGCCCUCAUCUCAGCUCUGAUCCUUACAUAAGCCCAAUGGGAAUAACCAGUCCUUUUGGUGCGCAUCAAGGAACUCCUUCUGGGGUUUGGAAUGGUUCUGGGGCCACAUCUAGCUACGGCUUUCCAUAUAAUUCACCAAGAGGUGGUAACUUCCCCAGCACUGGACCUGGACAGGGAGGUAGUCCCAGUUUUAAUUCAGGGCAGGGCAGAGGCCUUCUAUAUGAUUCACCAAGAGGUGGUAACUUCCCCAGCACUGUACCUGGACAGGGAGGCAGUCCCAAUUUUCAUUCAGGGCAGGGCAGAGGGCACUGGUUCAGCAACAGUCCCAGCCCUGGUUCAGGACAUGGAGCCUGCUCUAGUCCUAAUACGGGAAGAGGCAAGGGUCGUUGGUCAGGCAGCGGCAUGAGCCCUGGUUCUGGACGGAGUGGCGGGAGAGGAUUUCGUUCUCGUAAUAAAGCAGAGCUUAGACCAGAUCUGUACUACAACAAAUCAAUGGUAGAAGACCCAUGGGAGUUUUUGGAACCCGUUCCCUGGAAGACCCCGGACUCUCAAGAGUCGUGGCUUCCGAAAUCUAUUAGCGUGAAGAAACCCAGAGUUUCUGAAGCUUCAAAUCAUCACAGCUCUCAGCCAAGCCUUGCUGAAUACCUGGCUGCCUCCUUUAAUGAAGCCGCCAACCAUAAACCUAAGACUGAUGAACCAAGUGUGUGACUCACAAUUUUGCAAGGUAGCUGUCACUGUACUUCUGCGCAAUCUAUCUAGAUGGCUAAUCAGAGAACCAGAAAGGCGUCUGUUGGGAUGAUUGAUGCCUAAGACUUGAGAGUGCCAAGAAAUUUCAUACACCAUUUUCUGGAAGUUGUCAGGAGAUCCAACUUUAAGGUAGAGUUUAUAUUGACGAUGACAGGGACUUGGGGGCAGAUGAUAUGGAGCUUCAUCAGACCAUCCUUCUGGGAGGUUAGAUGGUUAAUCUGUAUCUAAGCCAACCUUUGUUUCAGCUCUAUGUCUGAAUGCUUUGUUUAAAACAUUUUCAAGAACAAAAGCAACUUGACUAUCAAGAACAAAGGGGACAUUAACCAAAAAAGUAUUGGAAAAGGCAUAACAGGAUGUUGAAUUCUCGUGAUUUAAUCCUUUUCUUUGUUUAUCUGUCGCUUUUUCUUUUUUUUUUUAUUCAAUACGUCCAUAGUGAGAUUUGAACUUUCAAUCUUUCCCUUUGAGAAGGAAAGAUCGU